CUUUCUCAAAACAAUAAAAGAAAUAGUUAAAUCAGAACUCAAAAUGUUCACAAAUCAAUGACGAAAAAAUCAUUGCUUUUCGUAUGAAAAAUUCAUUGCUACCAUUUGAAUCUAUCAUAUUUGGUAAUGCAACAAUAUUCAUAAAUCUUCUUCUUCGUCUCUACUCUUUGAGAAUAUAAACCUUUUUAGCAUCAUCUUACUUUGACCCAUCCUCCACGGCUCCACCUAUCAAACGUUUUCUGCUGAUUCUCGACCUUCGGGUCUGAAUUUAAGAAAUGCACAAAGUAUGGAUCACCUUAGAGGCGGUUCUUGAUUCCGGUUAUCACCUGUAGAUCAAGGUUGUGUUGGAAAUGAAUGCUGAGUAGUGAAUACUGCUGAAUACUACCUCAGCUAAAAGAAAUACUGUAUCAGUACUGCUUGUGAGAAAAGUAUGAUACAAUUGCCAUGGAUGAAACACAAGACCACUAUUAUUCUUCCAGCCUACCCGAGUCUUCUUUAUCUCAUGAUGGUGGUGGGAGGUCUUAUUUCAAUGGGCAAAUAAAUCGUGGGACUGCUAUAUCAGGCCUGAAGAAAAGAGGUCAUGGAAGUCGCUCUUGGAUUAAAAUUGGUCAGGAUGGGAAUUUUCAGACUGUGACACUUGACAAGGCAACUAUAAUGAGAUAUUGUUCUUUGCCUUCUAGAGAUCUCCGGCUGUUGGAUCCGAUGUUCAUUUAUCCUUCUACAAUAUUAGGACGGGAGAAGGCUAUUGUAGUCAACCUUGAGCAAAUCCGGUGUAUAAUCACUGCUGAUGAGGUCAUCCUAAUGAAUUCAUUGGAUGGUAGUGUUGGUCAGUAUAGGUUAGAAUUAUGCAACCGGCUUCAGAAUGAAAAAGCGGAUGAUCUACCUUUUGAAUUUAGGGCACUGGAGUUGGCUCUAGAAUUGACAUGCACAUCUUUAGAUGCUCAGGUAAAUGAACUGGAAAUGGAAAUAUAUCCUGUGCUGGAUGAACUAGCCUCAUCUAUCAGUACUCUAAAUCUGGAACGUGUUCGAAGAUUUAAAGGUCACUUGCUUGCUUUGACUCAACGAGUUCAGAAGGUUCGUGAUGAAAUAGAACAUCUCAUGGAUGAUGAUGGUGACAUGGCUGAGAUGUGCCUAACUGAGAAAAAGAGAAGAUCGGAUACUUGCACUUUUAAUGAUUGUUUUCAAACUCGUGCAUCAGGUAGACUAAUUUCAAAGUCGGCUCCUGCUUCACCAGAGCGAACAAUUAGUGGAGUCCAGAUGUUGCAAAGGGCUUUCAGCAGCAUUGGAAAUUCUAGUAAACAUGGUAGUUCAAUGGGUUCGUCUGAUAAUGGGGAAAGGAUUGAGCCACUGGAAAUGUUGCUUGAAGCAUAUUUUAUUGUCAUUGAUAAUACUCUUAACACGAUAUUGUCGCUCAAAGAAUACAUUGACGACACAGAAGAUUUUAUCAACAUAAAAUUGGGAAAUAUUCAAAACCAGCUAAUACAGUUUGAGUUGCUUCUUACAGCAGCUACAUUGGUAGCUGCAGUAUUUGCUGCUGUAGCAGGAGUAUUUGGAAUGAACUUUGAAACCACAGUUUUUGACUAUCCAUCGGGAUUCCAUUGGGUUUUGGUAAUUACUGGAAUUGCUUGUAUAGCAUUGUAUUUUGCCCUCCUAUUCUAUUUUAGGUACAAGAAAGUGCUCGCAGCUUAAAUUGAGUGUGCAUUCUACCUAAGCCAUGUUGAACAAGGUGACAGCUUGCUGCCGCAUACAACAUCUAAGUCUACUCAUAACUCACUGCUUCAACACGGCUGGAUACAUUGAAGCUUUCACCAUUUCAUCAAUCAAGAUGCCAUUGUUAUACUUGGGCAACUAUCCAUGGUGCAGGCCAAGAUGUCUCUAUAAUCCCGUGAUAUUUUGAAGGAGUCAUAAACCUUUCCAUCUCUGCUCUUCUUGUACUCAAACAACAAAUUUGAAUGAUCAAAAGCAGUUAGUUUUACAAACCCAUAGUCAUAGUCUUUAAAGAUGCUCCAUUUGGUUUUGAGGGAAGUAAAUGCUGAAAGGCUUGCUCCACCACCACCAGCUACAACAUGUAUGGUCCCAUUUAAGGUUCUUCCCUUAUAGUGGUGUUUCUCUUCAUUAGUGCAGAUAUUCUGUUGCAAAAUGUAAAAAAAGGUUCUUAGUCGAGAAAAUAUGCAUUCUCAUUCCAACUCUUGCAGGUUUAAAUGAUGCUAUUUGUGGCAUGUAAAAUGGUAUUGUUUCAUUUUUCUCAAGAAGAGCAUAUUAGGGAUUAGGGAACUCGACAUCUUGAUUACUUAAUGCUUAAUUCUGGAUGUUGUGUUGUUAUUGACU